AUGUUGACUGCGCUCCAUCAUCCAUCGAAGAUAUCCAAGAGGCGAGAGGAGAUUUUGGUGGAAAUCCUGCAAUUCAAAGCUGAAAACCGUCACCGCCGAAUCCCCCUGGCCUUUGACUACAUCUGGCAAAAGUCGAUGAACCUCGAAGACUGGAAGAAAGACGUGAUAAUCUCAGCCUUCAUGAAGUGGGUUCGCGCCAAACGAACUAUCGAAAAAAUCAUUUUCUUGCAAGUGUUGAGGAAUAGCUUCAUGUGA